AUGAAGUCCUUAGCCCUUCUAGUUGCGCUGUUGCUAUGGUCUUCGUCCGUGCUGGCAUAUCCGAAUUCCCUGGUCCUCCCAAGCCCCACUGUCCAGGGUCCUGGCCUACCUGCGCUCAGGUGUGUCCGUCUCUUACUCGCGACCUCCUCCGCCCCGAACCCGCACGCUGCCCAGCCAACCAGGAAGAGCGGCAUAACUGUGACGCCUGACGAAGAGCAAAACUUGAAUCAUUAUGUACAAGUUUUACAGAACAUGCUGCUAAGUGUUCCCACUAAAGAGGAGCCAGGCCAGGGGCUGAAAUCAAAGCCUCCAAAUAAUGUUUAUUCUACAAGAUCGAAGGUGUCAAAAUUUAAGGAGAUAGUUACACAUGAAGAAGCUGUAAAUGAGAAUGAUGUUUUAAUCAAUCCCAUCAGUGAAGAAACUACAACUUUCCCUACUAGAGGCUUCACACUGGAAAUUGGGAGGAGAAAACGUACUAAAAGUACAGCCUUCUGGUGGAUCAAACCAAACAAUGUUUCUGUUGUUUUACAUGCAAAAGAACCUUAUAUUGAAAAAGAAGAAGAGCCAGAAGUGGAUACGAAGCCAACUUGGACAUCAAGGACAUUUUCACGUGUUAGUGAUUUUCCUAGGAGUCCAACUUUCGCCACACGUACACCACCUAUCGCCACUUCAAAGGAAAGCACUGACUUCGGUGAAUCCACAGAAGAUGUUCCUCAGCUCUCAGGUGGAUUUGAUGCAGAAAAACUUGAAGCACCUACAUUUAUAAAACACCCGCAAAUUUUGAAUAAUGAUGACAUUUUGAAAAAAAUUUCAGAUAUUCAUUCACAGGUGCAACAGGCACCUCUUGGUGACAACCUCAUCAAAGAAUCUAGAGAGGACAUUCAAGCCUCUAAAGAUCACCUAAGACGAAGCAUUGCUCUAGCAGCAGCCGCAGAACAUAAAUUAACUAAAAUGUAUGAAUCCCAGAUCUUACCACUAGGACAAACUGGUAAUGAAAUCGAUAGCAUUGAAACUGUUAUUAACAUGCUGUAUAAUUCUAGAUCUAAAUUAUCUGAAUAUUUUGAUAUUAAAUAUGUUCCACCAGAGAUGAGAGAAAAAGCUAGUACAGUAUUCACUACAUUGAAAAAAAUAUUAUGUGUAGGUCGAGAAGAAACUCAAAGGCUUAUUAGGAAGUUAAUAAAGAAUAAUAUAAAAAUUUUAAACCUACUUGAUACUGCAUGACUUAAGCAAACCUCACAUUCAUUCACAGGAGAAAUAAACAUAUUACUGAUUUCAAAAGAUGUAUAAGAAUAUUUUCUAUUGUAGUUCAAUAUGCUAACAUCUUUACAUGUCAUAUGUU